UGUCCAUCGCUGGUAAUUCUGCACUGCAAUAAAAAUUAUUAUAAAAAGCUGUCAAACAAUUAACCACUUGCAAAUGUACACGUCAACAUUCUUUUAAGCAAUUCUUAUAUAGUUAAAAUAACACGAAAGCAAUUUAGAAUUAAGUGCAGAUUAUUUUGAAUGCAAACAUUAACGAUUUCAACGUUUACAGUAUUAUGACGAAAAUGAAGCAUUUUUUGAUUUUCGCACUAUUUUUUGGUAUUAUUCAAAUAUCCGUUGCACCGCCAGUGAAUAAAGAGGAGAAGAAAGAGGAUCAUGAGUUCGAAGCAAUGAAUGAUCCGUUUAACAAAUUGGAGUAUCAAAGAUAUGCGAGAGAAGUUAUAGAAGUUCUCGAGACUGAUCCUCAUUUUAUGAAAGUUCUCAAUUCUUCAUCUGACGAGUAUAUCAAAAGUGGAGACAUAGCUCACGAACUCGAUUACGUUAAUCAUCAUGUGCGAAAUAGAUUGGAUGAAAUAAAACGUAGCGAAGUUCAAAGACUCAGGCGUUCAAUAAGUGAAGUGAAGGCUAGAGAUGAAGAACAAAAUGGCGUUGGACAUUUCGAUCAUAAAAAUCCUCACACUUUCGAAAGAGAAGAUUUAAAGAAAUUAAUAUAUCAGCUCCAUAACGAUUUAGAGGAAUACGACAAAGAGAGAAAGGAGCGUUUCAAAGAAUAUGAAAUGGAGAAAAAAUACGAGCAGGAACAAAAGAUGAAGGGUAAUACUGGUAUGAACGAAGAAGAUCGCAAAAAGUAUGAAACUGAAAUUCACGAUAAUGAAGAGAAGCACAAAAAACACGAUCCUUUGCAUCAUCCUGGAAGUAAACAACAAUUCGAGGAAGUCUGGAAAGAAGAAGAUCACAUGACCGAUCAGGACUUUGAUCCAAAAACAUUCUUCUAUAUGCAUGAUCUUGACGGUAAUGGCUACUGGGAUAUCGAAGAAAUAAAUGCCAUAUUCAGGAAAGAAUUGGAUAAAAUCUACGAAGUGGGACAUUCUGAAGACGAUAUUAUCGAGAGAGUUGAGGAAAUGGAGCGAAUGAGAGAGCACUUCUUAAAAGAGGCUGACACCAAUAAGGACUCUUUAAUAAGUUACGACGAAUAUUUAGCAGUAACGAACAAUCCACAGUUCGCCGUGGAUUCAGGCUGGGAAACGAUUGAUGAAAAUAAACAAUUCACUCAAGAAGAAUAUGAAGCAUUCGAGAAAAAAAGAAUGGAAGACGUUAAAAAAUCGAUCGAUAAUCAUUUAUCGCAAAUGGGACAGAUGCCGCCAAAUCAACAAGUUCCUUAUCAUGGACAACCUGUGUAUCAGCAACAGCAGCAACAUCUUCAACAACAACAACAACAACAUCUUCAACAGCAGCAACAACAAAUGCAGUAUCAACAAUAUCAGCAGGCUCCACAUCAGCAGGUACCACAAUAUCAGCAAGUUCCACAUAAUCAGGGACCGCAAUAUCAACAGAUUCCUCAACAUCAGGUGCCGCAGUAUCAGCAAGUCCCACCACAGUAUCAGCAAGUGCCAGUCCAUCCUGGACAAGUGCCCCAACAAGUACCUGGCCAACAGCAACAAUAUCAACCAGCACCACAACAAUAUCAUCCAAAUCAAGUGAAUCCGCAACAAUAUCAUCAACCAGGACAAGUGAAUCAUCCCCAGGGACAAAUUAAUCAAGGACAAGUGAAUCAACCCCAAGGACAAGUGAAUCAACCUCAAGGGCAAGUGAAUCAACCCCAAGGGCAAGUGAAUCAAGGACAAGGGAAUCAACCCCAAGGACAAGUAAAUCAACCCCAAGGACAAGUGAAUCAACCCCAAGGACAAGGUAAUCAACCACAAAUUCAAGUUAAUCAACCUCAGGGUCAAGUUAAUCAACCACAAGUUCAACAACCAAUUCAGCAAGUUCCAGUAAAAUCACAAAAUCCAGAUACUGAACAUUUACAAAACAGUAUUCCGAAUACAAAAUAAAUGUCAAAAUUAGGGCGAAAAAAAUAUAUUUUUGACAUAAAGACAGCUCUAUAACUAUAUAGUGAAGGGAAAUAAAGAGAGUGAAAUUUUGAGAUUCAAACAUUGAGAAUGAGAUUUUCUUUAUAAAUAAGUGAUAAAUUAUUGUUUAAAUUCCAUAAAAUGAAGACUGAUUGAAGAGAUUUAUUCAUUUAUUCUUUUUGAUACAAGUAUAGAGCGGCUUUCUUUUCUGGGUAUUAAAUUUUGUUUUCCAACUGUUUCUUAUAGUAUCAACGACAAGUUUUUUUUCGAAUGCAUUUAUAAUAUACAGAUUUCCUUCUUUUUUUGUCCACUAUUCAAUAAUUAUUAGUUCAAGUACUGUUUAUAGUUUUUUAAGGAAAUUUUGCGUUAUUGAGUGGAAAUUUUAAUAAAAACAAUAAUUAUAUCGA